AUGUUUAAACAAUUGACUCGAGGCGGUCUUAUACAGAGAUACAGAAACAUGAGCACGCAUUCGUCCCUUAUCUCGGAUCCCUUCAAGCACGAUCCGACCAAAGUUAUCCGAGAGUCCAAUCAUGAGUUUGACAAGCCCCUCUUCAUUUCUUUUGACUUGUUUGGUACCAUUUAUCACCCCAAAGUGCCUGUUCCAGAGCAAUAUCAUGGUGUAGCACGUGAUCUAGGGGUUACCCACAAAUCAGUUUCUGAACUUGAAAGCCGGUUCCCCUUGGUUUUCCAAACCAUGUCUGCCAAGUACCCGAACUAUGGGAAGGGACAAUUAGCCAAUCUGGAAGCAUGGUGGCUGGAAUUGAUAGCUGAAGUGUUUGAAAUGGACCGCAGUGACCCACAGUGUCAGAAGUUGUGUGAGCAAUUGGUUAAGCACUUCACUACGUCUGAGGCCUAUGGUGUAUAUGACGAUGUAGUGCCUACGUUACGUAAGCUCCAACAGGAAGGGAUCAACAUUGUUGCUAGUAGUAACAGCGACCCACUGUCACUCAAGAUUCUUCAAAACUUGGGGUUGAACGAGUUUUUCAACGAUGGCAACGUUUAUUUGAGCUACAAUAUGGAAGCCAGGAAACCAGACAGACAAUUCUACUUUCAAAUGGCCAAGAAUGCCAUGGCUGUUCGUUACAAUACCAAAUUUAACGGUCAAAUGCUUGAAAGGUGCUGGCACGUGGGAGACUCCGAACAAGAAGAUUACAUUGGAAGUAUUAAAGCUGGUUGGAAUGGGAUACUACUCGAUAGAAGCCGGACUACUGAAUAUUUCGAUCUCGGACUCAAGAGGGCCCAAAAGGAGAAACAAUAUGACUACUGUUAUACUUCGCAGCAACAAGAAGAGAUGAGAGCGACCAGUGCAUCCGCCACUCCCACUGAUCCUGGGUAUCGGAUCUUUGCUAAUAACAGGGUGGUGAUGUCAUCGUUGAGUAAUUUGAUUCCAUUGUUUGGGUUGACGUAA